CUAUUUGUUUAGGCGAGACAGGCAGGACGGUGCUUCCCUCCAGCGGCGGCGCAGCGGACCUCGCAGAACCCCAUUGAGCGAGGCGGUGCAGGUGACCCUCUGCCUUUCCUCGCCACAAUGGAGCCGUACGAAGUCUUGGUGAACCAGCCGGUGGUGAUUGACAACGGCUCGGGUGUAAUCAAGGCCGGGUUUGCUGGUGACCAGACACCAAAAUGCCACUUUCCCAACUACAUUGGCCGGCCCAAGCAUGUGCGGGUGAUGGCCGGAGCGCUGGAGGGAGACCUGUUUGUGGGCCCCAAGGCUGAGGAGCACCGGGGCCUUCUAUCCAUCAGGUAUCCAAUGGAGCAUGGUAUUGUGACGGACUGGAACGAUAUGGAGCGAAUCUGGCAAUACAUAUACAGCAAAGAUCAGCUACAAACUUUUGCUGAAGAACAUCCAGUGUUACUCACAGAGGCUCCGCUAAAUCCACGGAAGAACAGAGAAAAGGCAGCUGAAAUAUUUUUUGAAACAUUUAACGUUCCUGCCCUCUUUGUAUCUAUGCAAGCAGUUUUAAGUUUAUACGCGACGGGACGAACGACCGGGGUGGUGCUGGACUCGGGGGACGGAGUGACCCAUGCUGUGCCCAUCUAUGAGGGUUUCGCCAUGCCCCACUCCAUCAUGCGGGUCGACAUUGCUGGGCGGGAUGUCAGUCGGUACUUGAAGCUACUACUAAGGAAAGAAGGCUUGAGCCUGUACACGACAGCAGAGUUUGAAGUGGUGAAGACUAUGAAGGAGCGCGUGUGUUACCUUGCCACCAACCCACAGAGGGAGGAGAGCGUGGACACCGAGAGACUUCAGUACCAGUUGCCGGAUGGGUCCACUGUAGAGGUCGGUCAGGCUCGUUUCCGUGCGCCUGAAGUCCUGUUCCAGCCCCACCUGGUCGGGGACGAGAGCGACGGCAUUCAUGAAGUGCUGCUCUACGCCAUCCAUAAGUCUGACAUGGACCUGCGCAAACUGCUCUUCCAAAACAUCGUUAUCUCAGGAGGCUCGACGCUCUUCAAGGGAUUCGGGGAUCGACUCCUGUGUGAAGUCAAAAAGCUUGCACCCAAAGAUAUCAAAAUUAGGAUCUCAGCACCAGCAGAACGACUCUACUCUACCUGGAUCGGAGGCUCUAUUCUGGCCUCCCUAGACACCUUCAAGCGCAUGUGGGUCAGCAAACGAGAAUAUGACGAAGACGGUGCUCGAGCCAUUCACCGGAAGACAUUCUAAUGCCUCUUAGCUGUAAAUGUAGUGUAGGAAGUGUUGGGACUACUGUUUUUUGUCAGUGGAGUGAUAUUAUUCCUUGGAAGAAAGCAUACAUUUUGGCAGGAGGCAAGCAUAUGACAGUUUAUUUGGGAGGCAAAUGUAUGGCAGUUUAUUUGAUUACUCUAUUGGGAGACUCGCCUUGUAAUUGUUUUAGAAGUCUUACUACUCAAGAAAGGGGUUAUUAUUGCCAUCAUCAUUGGUAAUUGUGUUUCCUACAGAGGAUGGUGGGUAAGUCACUGCCGAGUGGCCAAGGAUUACCCAUAGGCCCCAUAGGUCGAACCGAAUAAAGUAGAAAAAAAAAAGGAAGGAGUCAGUUGAGGCCUUGUGACUUGAAUGUAUUUCCAGGAUGCACUUCAGCGCACUGUUCCUUCAGGCUAUAUUAUGACAUGCUAUCAAUGUUUUUUGCCCACUUUUUCAUCGGGACAAACGACUGUUUGAUGACCCAUGAGAAAAUAAUGACAGCUGCCCACUUUCUGCUGUCAUAGUAGAUGGGAUUAAAAUGAAAGAAUGAAGCUUUUGCUAUACAGAGAGAAUUGUUUUUAACAUUUGCUGGAAUGGGGUUUAACAUGAUAAGUACUUCAGCAUUGAGAGAUCUUAGUCCUUAACCUCAGCUCCUGUUUCUUGCUGUCUGGAGAAAUGAGUCUGAAGUAAAGGAACAAAGCUUUUGACAUGUGGAGAGAGUCCAGGCCCUAGCUGGAGACCAUCAUUCCUUACUUGCCUCCUAAUCAAUCAAUCAAUCCAUCAAUCAGUUGGGUAUAUGCCAGGGGGAUGCGUCGCCUCGCCCACCCUAUGACACCUAACCUAGUGUCAGGCACUGAUGUUGUCUUCUAAAAUAUCAGUGAAAUAGACGUGAUCUUUUUUCAUCCCAGUGUGUCUGGGCAUUUCUAUAAUUCAGAAGAAACAGAGUAUGUGUUUGAUGAUCUACCUUCCUCUUUUGGCUUCCUGGCUAAGAUGGAACAUACAUCCUCUGUUCACAUUAACUUCAGAAAUAAGCCCAACCCCUAUAACCAUUGUGUAGCACUGGGCAGCACAAAAGCAAACUGUGCCCCCUCUCUAACUUCAGGCUGCAUGUGAUUUGUGGAUGCUGGGAAAGGUUACAACUUAUUGGUGGUUGCUGGUCUGGUCUGAGAUAUUAAUUAUUUAUGGAUGUGUGUAGGUGACUGUCUCUUCCUGCUUCUAGCUUGAAGGGUCUCCUCUCAUGCUUGUUUUCUCCUGUAGAGUCAGGCCUGUUAGGAGGAGGGGGAGGAAACAGGGUCACCAUUGAUGAUGAUGACUGCAAGAUAACCCAUGUUGCCUUCCUACCAUGGAUGUGAAGGGGGAGGGUUGAUGACACCGUUAUAUUGUCCAUGAAGUGUUAAGUUUGAAGAGGAGGAUGCAGCUGAAUAAAGGAAAUGAAGUAUAUAUUUUACUGUGUUAAGAUGGUGCAGAGGUUAAUAUUGAUUAAUCUAUGUAUAUAUAUACAUAUUCCAACACAAAGAAUGUGAAGAGAUGCAUAUGACCAUUUGGAAUUUUUAUGACAAACUUUUUCUCUAAAAGGACAAUUUAAAGACCUGGCUUACUAAAGCAGCCAAGGUUGGGGCAGCUCCUGCAGUAGUAGUUGUAUGGGGUGUGUGGUGGAGCACAGGCAGCAGCUCCUGUCACUGGCUGCUGCAGGGAAGGAGGUGUGGCAUGGAGGGAGCUAUGGAGCCAUGGCUCAGAGGGAGGUAUGUGCUGCACCUCAUGCGGGGAUGUUUUGUCUUGCACUUUGGUGUUUUAGGAAGUUUGGUGAUACUUAAAAGAAAGCAGAUUCAAAUUUAUGCCUCUUCCAUAUUAAAGAUUUUUGUACUUAUACAUAUGUAUUUUUAAUAAUAGUAAAUUUAAAAUGCAAUUACUUAUGGAUAAAGUUUGAGCUUCAUUUGUCAUUGCACACAUGAUUUAUACAUUAUUCACUAAAGAAGGAAGACAAUGUUAGGUAGCAUUGUUAUCAAAGGUUGUUUUGGUACGAAUAGUUAGCACAUGAAUAUCAGCAUCAUGCAGUGUGGUGUAACACAAAGACCAAUCUUGUGACACGUAAGUUAAGUAUAUGCAUUACACUUUAAUUGCUUCUGUGCCUUGAUGACAGAAAUUCAUUGCUUGUAUGAAACCAAAGUUAGAAAUACUCCAGAUAAAUGCUUCACUCUCCUUGUGCAUUCACGUUGCAUAUCCUGUACCUUGUUGUCGGUUCUGUAGCACCCUGUUCUGUUGUCUCGCUCCCUCUCGUCAGUGUCAGCAAGACCUGAGUUGCUGACCCUCGCUGUGAAUGAUGAUUAAAGUCUUGGACCUUGUUUACUGCCA